AUGCCGCCGCCACGGCCUUCCCCUCCCAUCCCGGCGUGGGCGGAGGCCAACUCCCUCUUCCGCCGCCACCGGCGCCUGCGGCCCCUCCUCAUCCCCGCCGCCUCCCUCCGCGACCACCUCCCUGUUCUGUCCUAUUGCCUCGUCUCUGGCCUUGCCCGCAACCCCUUCGUGGCCUCCCGCCUGCUCCUCGCAUCCUCCAGCCUCUCCCUCCCCUUCUCCCUCGCCCUCCUCGCCUAUCUCCCGGCCUCCUCGCUCUCUCCGUUCUCCUUCAACUCGCUCAUCCGCGCCUCCCCGCCUCGCCUGGCGCUCCGCCUGUUUGACCAAAUGCGCAGCCGAGGCGUCCCCACGGACCCCUACACCUUGCCGCUCUUGAUCGGCGCCUGUUCCCGCAGCGGCCCUACACUGUGCCAGUCUCUGCACGGGCAGGGCUUCCGUCUUGGCUACAACUGCCACCUCUUCACCCAAACGGCGCUGAUGAACGUGUACCUCGCGUGCGGGUCGGUGGUCACCGCUCGCAGGGUGUUUGAGGAAAUGCCGGUGAAGGAUGUGGUUGCGUGGACCAGCAUGUUGUCUGGCUAUGUAGACUCCGGGAUGUACUUGAAAGCCGUUGAGGUGUUUAACGAGAUGAGAGGUGCUGAUGAUCUUGUGUGGCCUAAUGAGGCCACGGUGGCGUUGCUUGCUUCUGCCUGUGCCGGUCUGGGCUUGCUGGAGCAUGCAAAGGGUCUGCAUUUGUAUGUGGAGAAGACUGGAUUGGAGGGCGAGUUAAUUGUUAGGAAUGCAUUGGUUGACAUGUAUGGGAAGUGUGGCAGCAUUGAGUCUGCACGUAGAUUGUUUUGUUUGAUGCGUGAGAAGGACUUGCAUUCAUGGACAGCAAUGAUUUCAGGGCUGUCUUCUCAUGGACGUGGUGAAGAAGCGGUUGAAUUGUUCUUCAGCAUUCGGGAGGAUGGAGUAUUACCAGAUUCAACUACUUUCAUUGUGGUUCUGUCUGCCUGUAGCCAUGCUGGACUGGUAGACGAGGGGAUACGUAUCUUCAAUUCCAUGGAGAGUGAGCACAAUGUCCCCCGGGACAUCAAGCACUAUGGCUGCAUGGUGGAUCUUUUCAGCAGAGCAGGGCUUGUUCGCUGUGCUUAUGAAUUCAUUAGCAUGAUGCCUUUAGAACCAAACUUGGAGAUUCUUGGGGCCCUGCUGAGUGCAUGCAGUAUCAAUAAUGAACUAGAGAUUGGGGAGCUUGUGCUCAAUAAGAUUGAGUCACUCUGCUCCUACAAAGGAGGUGCUAGUGUGCUGCUGUCAAAUAUAUAUGCUAACCAAAAUCUGUGGCAUGAAGUGGAUACCCUUAGAAGGAAGAUAAGGACUGAAGCAAUUGUCAGGAAGCCACCUGGCCAGAGUUCGAUUGCAGCAGAAGUUCCUUCCAUGAGUUUCUGA